UUUGUUAAAAUGGUUAAAAUGCAGUAUGGCUACCUCACGGAGGAUAAGUUCAUUAAUUAACAAUUUUUUGGUUUUUUAUGUAGUACUUUUUAACUACAUGAAAGUUCCUUGUUGAGUUAGCGAUCCGCGAAUCAUUUGACAUGUAAAAUGAGCUUUUCCGUGAAAAAGACAGGUGGUAGAAUGUGGCAUGAAGCUCGAAAACAAGAAAAAAAAAUUCGUGGAAUGCUAGUAGAUUAUCGUCGUCGAGCCGAACGUCGACGAGAUUAUUAUGAAAAAAUUAAAUCAGAUCCUACACAAUUUCUGCAACUUCAUGGCAGACCGUGCAAAAUACAUUUGGAUCCAGCGAUAGCUACAGCUGGCGAUAGUCCUGCUAAUAUGAUGCCAUGGCAAGGAAACGAAGACAAUCUCAUUGACCGUUUCGAUGUACGUGCUCAUCUUGAUUGGAUACCAGAAGGACCACAUUCUAUCGAUGUAGAUAUAGCUCUCACUAGUGAAGAUAGACAUAUCAAUUACGAACGUUAUCGUAUAAUAGUUCAAAAUGAAUUUUUAGGGGUUACCGAAGAAAAAUUUCUGCACCAAAUACAUUUGGAAGAACAGUUUGGUUCAUCUACAAAAUUAGAUUCCACAAGAGAUAAGAAGAAAUCAUGUAAUAAUGUAGCAAUUGGAUACAAUUAUGAAACAGAAGAACCGAUACCUGAAACGGUAAAGUCAUUGGACAAUGUUGUAUCGGAUGAAAAAGCAGACGAUGAAGAUAGUGAUAUAGAUUUAGAUAUUUGCGUAGAUGUAUCUCAAAUAGAGCCAUCUCAAGCACAUGAAAUGAAUUUAGUGGCUCAAAAAUAUGGACUUUUAGGAGCUGAUUAUUUUAGUUUCUUAACGCAAGAUUUCGAGGAAGCCGAGACAUUAAGACAAGCACGUAAACAGGAAGAAGAGAAAGCUAUGUACUCGGGAAGAAGAUCACGAAGAGAAAGACGUGCAUUUAGGGAGAAAAAGAUGAUUGGCAGAGUAAUGAGUCCACCCAGUUACGCAGCAAGGGAGAGUCCCGAAUACAACCCUUACAGAAAAUCUUCGUCCAAAUCUCGUUCAAGAUCUGUAUCACCUGUAAAUACUGGACAAAUUACUUACAUUACAAGUUUUGGCGACGAAGAGGAAACCCAUGGAAGUUCAUCUCAUGUUACUUCUUCUAGUUCAAAAAAAGUCAAUUACUCCCAUCUCAGGCGAAGGAGAUCGGACAGUCCAACGCUCAGCGAGAGAACGAUUAACAGAAAACUUUCGAAAUCGAGGUCGAGAAGUUGCUCUCGUUCGGUUAAUAAAUCAAAGUCUUACAGAAACCGUGACAGGAAGCGUAGUACAUCCAGAAUGAGAUCUAGAAGAACACGAUCAAGGCACAGAAAAGUUACAAGAUCGCGAACACGAAGUCGUUCCAGAAGAUCACGAACCAGAAGUAAAUCUAGAUCUCGUUGUCGAAGCUUUAGCAGAUCUCAUUCGCGUACUGUUUCGAGAUCAAAGACGAGAUCUAGAUCUCGUUCCCGCCAAAAAAGGUCUAGAAGUUUGUCUUCGAGCAGUGUAUCCAGAUCGAAGUCGAAAUCAAGAUCUAGAUCAAGAGUACGGUCGAAAUCAAGAUCCAAGUCGCACAAUAGAAGCCAUUCGAGAGAUAGUUAUCGUCGAAGACAUUACUCUCCGUCGAAGUCGGUGUCUAAAUCUCGCUCCAGAACUAAAUCCCAAUCUAGAUCGAGAUCGAGAUCGAGGAGUCAAUCCAGGUGCAAGCGAUCGCGGAGCGUUGAGAAUAAGGCGCCAGCACUGCCAAGAUAUUACGGCCGACGUGGAAAAUCGUCAAGCCUAGAGUUAGAAUUAUCGGAUAGCGAGGACAAAAUUCCUAUGGCAGCACCAAAACCAACAGUUAAUAACACCACGAGCAUGAACAAGCCAAAAGCAGGGUUAAGUACAAAUUCUGGUGGCGGGCACAAAUCAUUGAAAAUCACACCCCAGGAGCGGCUUAAGAAGAAAAUGCAAGCUUUAUUAAACAAGCAAUAUAAAGCUGAUAAAAAAGCAGAACAGCUUAGGAUUGAAAAGAUGGAGCAGCAAAGACAAGAUAGGGAAGACGAAAUUCGGGAAAUGUCCUUGAAAUUACGUAGAAAACAAAGAGAACGAAGACAUCGUUACGAAGGUCAUAGUUCUGAUUCACAUUCCUCUGUGUCGCGCACACCGAGUCCUGGACGUAGUCCACGAAUAGUGCGUCGAGAGAGGAAGGAGAGAGACACGAGAGAUUUUGAAAACGAUCGCGAACGGGAACGAGACAGAGAGAGAGAUAGGCGUGACGAUAGAGAAAAGUUUCGAACUGAAUCUCGUCGAAGAUACAGAGAUUCGCCGCUUCGUUCUUUGAGUCCAAGAAGUAGUCGCGGCCUAGUCGAUUAUUGACAACAAGAGAAUUCGUGGUUAAUCUUCCUUUUGAUGGAUUUCAAAUUUUAUUAGACACUUCCUGUAUUGCAUUCCUUCCGUAAAACGCUACGAAUGUUCUAAGAAAAUGCUAAGAAGAAAAAAGUAAUAAAACAUGAUAUCAUUUACAGUUACUCUUUACUAUUAAUUAAUAUUGUUUAGUCUUACGAUAUAAAAUAAAAAUACAGUUGUUUAUUUA